AGCUGCACACAGUAGUAUCAAGGCAGUCACCAGGUGAAAAAGAGAAUCAAUAUUUUUAUCAAGCAGCAAGACAAGGUGAGGGUACCAUGUUUAUGUUGAAGAUCUCUGCCUUCCUUGUCGCUUACGCCACAGUGGUGUGCCAGAUGUCCAGCUCAAACGCUGCUCCAGCAAGACCUGGUUCAGAAUCUCUGACAGACAGAUUUGCGCUCAUGGACUACGAAGCACGGAGAUUACUGAGUGCUAUAGUCAAAAACGUAGUGCAGAUGACAGCGGAGGAACUGGAGCAGACGAAUGAUGACAACAGCCAGGGCAGAUUCCUGUCCAAGCGUUGCUCCAAUCUCAGCACCUGCGUGCUGGGAAAACUCUCCCAGGAGCUGCACAAAUUGCAAACUUUCCCGCAGACGGACGUGGGCGCCGGUACACCCGGCAAGAAACGCAGCCUGCUCGAGGGCAAUCAGUUUACAAGCUACGAAGAAACUUUUAACACCAUCUAACCCUAAGCGUAUGCUCUACGGUCCCGUUGCAUGUGGAUUCUGCCUGCUUGACUGAUCGCACACAAACGGCUGGUUGCAGUGCUCCCUUUCUUUCUUUCUUUCUUUCUUUCUUUCUUUUGGCAGAGAAAGGCAUGUUAAAAAUCUAGAUAAAAUUUCUUCCGCACAAAAAUUCAGGAAUAGUUUUCUGUGCAUUUUACACAUGCCUCUUGAAUAACUGAAUACAUGUAUUAUACAAAAUAUUGAAAAUAAUAAUAAAAACAGUGUUUAAGUUCAAUAAAGUUAUUUUUUUAUAUCAGGAACUCUUACUUUGUCAAAUUAUUAGCUACGUUAAUUUGAAGUCAUUUUAUAUGCGUGUUAUCAUUGAGUGUCUCUACAAAUAAACAUCCAAUGCAUGAAGAUUUCUGCAGGUAAGACGUCUGAAAUGACAUCUGUGAAUGUGAGCAGUUAAUAAUGGAUUUAAUAUACAUAAUCUCUGUUUAUAUGAUAAAUAAACCUAUGAAUAUAAUGCAUGAAAGUAAUCUAAUGACUGUUGUAGAUGUAUAACAGGAGAGUGUGUGCUGAAGUCUGGUCUCGUCUGUGUUGAAGCAAGCAGAAGCGCGCGUGUAACACAGCCACGUGUGUCACUCACCGUCUGGCAGACUUCCUGAGCCGCUCCGGUGGGAUGGGCAACAGCAACUUCGUCCCGACUAACGUGGGCUCCCAAGCUUUCGGCCGUCGGAGGAGAAACU